CCGGCAAGGGCGAGAGGCUAGCCUCGAGGCCGGGCUCCCUCCCCGCAGGCCGCGGCGCCACCACACGACUCCGGGAUCUCGAGGUCUCUUGAGUUCAUGUGCAGCACAUAGUGCUUAGUCUGUGUUGAAUUCUUAUGAGAUCAGUAAACUGCUAUGGAUAUGUGAAGCACACCUGAAGAAGCCCAAAUUGUUUCGUACCGGUGAAUGACCAGUAUUUUGUCUGUUUCAGAUCUUAGUAUCCCUAGAGAUGGAAGGAAGACAGACAGGUUUAUGGUAAACCCUUGUGAUUUUUCGUGGGAGGUCAGCAAGUGGUGGCCUGAUUAAGAUUGCUACCAACACUCUGUGGGUUCAUCUCAAGUUAGUGAUGGUGAGAAUGAAGUUCCCCAGGCGUUAUGUCAUAGUACUGCUGACAUUCAUCUGCACUAAUGUUUGUUACAUUGAGCGUGUGGGUUUCUCUAUUUCAUACACCGUAGCAGCUGAUGCAAUCAAUGUGAAUCAAGCAAACAAGGGCAUGAUACUAUCCAUGUUCUACUAUGGUUAUGUUUUGUCACAAAUUCCUGGUGGAUGGGCAGCUCAGAGAUUGGGAGGCAGACGUGUUCUGCUGCUGUCGUUCCUGUUGUGGUCUUUGAUAUGCGGUCUGAUUCCACUGGACCCCAACAGAGUAGUCAUUCUGGUUCUUUCUCGCCUUUUUGUUGGUGUAGCACAAGGUUUCAUAUUUCCUGCCAUUCACACAGUUCUGGCUCAAUGGGUGCCGCCGCAGGAACGCUCUCGCUCAGUGUCUUUAACAACCUCAGGGAUGUACCUCGGGGCUGCCGGUGGAAUGCUGUUUUUUCCAAGUCUGGUGAAGCACAUGGGUCCCCAAUCUGUUUUCUUUGUUGAAGCAGUACUUGGAGUUGCAUGGUCUUUAAUUUGGUUGAAGUUUUCCAGUGAGCCACCUCGCACUGACCUUCCAAAAGUGUCAAUGCCAAAAGUAGCAUCUCGAGAGAAGAUUAAGGCGCUAGCAGGUGGGGUUGUUGCACCUCGGACUGUGAAGAUACCAUGGCGUAGGAUUAUCUUCAGUCUACCUGUUUGGGCAAUUGUCGUGAACAACUUCACUUUCCACUAUGCCUUGUAUGUUAUCAUGAACUGGCUGCCUACGUAUUUCGAACUUGCCCUUAAGCUUAGCCUCCAGGAUAUGGGAUCCUCAAAGAUGCUUCCAUAUUUCAACAUGUUUAUUUUCUCCAAUAUUGGUGGAGUGGUUGCUGAUCACCUGAUUACAAAAAGGAUCUUAUCAGUUACCAAGACAAGGAAGCUCCUGAACACCAUUGGGUUUGUUGUCUCGGCUGUUGCACUUAUGGCCAUUCCUUCAUUCGGGACACCCUCAGGGACUGUGAUCUGUUCAUCAGUAGCUCUUGGUUUUCUGGCUCUAGGAAGAGCAGGUUUUGCAGUGAAUCAUAUGGAUGUUGCUCCAAAAUUUGCCGGCAUAGUGAUGGGGGUUUCCAAUACAGCUGGGACAUUGGCUGGGAUAGUUGGUGUUGGCCUGACGGGAAAUAUUCUGGAGGCUGCAAAGGCUUCUAACAUGGAUCUAACUAGCUCCGAAACCUGGAAAACAGUCUUCUUUGUUCCAGGAUACCUUUGUAUUUUUAGUUCAGUCAUUUUCUUGAUUUUCUCAACUGGUGAGAAGAUUUUCGAAUAGAGGCUGAUCAUUUUUGGCUGUUCUUUUCUUCUCAUUUACGGUGAGGCAGGAUAGCAAAACGGGAACCACACACAUGUAUUUGUUCAUUAUCUGUCAAAUUUCAGAGUUCAGACUGCACCCCACAUAUGUUCAGAAGUAAUGUUAUGUUAGUAAAAGUAUAAUACUUCUAUAA